UCUGGCAGGAUCGAUCAUGUUGGCAUUGACAUCUCCAAUCAGCAAUCUACAUCCUACAUACCAUUCUGGUCUCGCGCCCGGGAUACGAUUUGCCCUCGAUCUGACUGACAAUCACGCUGGCAUGUCAGGCCAGGAAGAUUUCUUCUCGUCAAAGCCUGGAGAUGUCUCCUCAUCUGCGCGUACAGCAACCGAAUAUCCAUAUCAGAGGCAAGUACUCCUAGCCUUCUGGUUACCUCAAUUCUUGACUGAUACCAUUGCACGCAGAUUUACGCCAUGGCAAUCGUCCACUUACGAUCCUUUCGCUGGUGAGACUACCGGCCGCAUGUCUCCAGGUCCGGCAGAAGUUGAGCGUCUACGGCAGAGGCUGCCUCCUCAGAUACACGGGGGCUCUCGUCUCCCUGCGCAUUCGGCUGUCGGCGAACCAUUCCGGCCGUUAUCUCUGGGAUCUCAAACUGCUGCCUUCACUUCUGACGUGGGCGCGUACCAACAGUCACAGCCCAUUCUCCCCGCAAGGGCAAUACCGGAUGAGAUAGCUUUGCGUCGACAAAGUCAGGAUAGUUACAGCUUUCAGACUGGGUCGCCGACAAGUCAAGGAUACGGUGAUUUUGAUGUGGAGACACAGAAUCGCCGCGUGGGGGAAUUGGGCAGACCUGGUCGGUACCACACGCGCAGACGGCCGUUCAAUCAGGACGAGUUCGACGGCCCUUCUCAACUCCUCCCUUUACCAGUACCACAGCAAGAGCAUGCACGUUCUCAAGCUUUACCUACUCUUCCUGUCCAUUUAAGCAUUGAGGAGCAGGACCACAUCACGCAACAAGUCAACGACACCCUGUCCCGCUGCGCCUUCCACUUUGUCGCAAAGUACCAGUUUCCAAUACCGCUUGAACGAGACAAGCCCAGAGUCAGGACACCAGACGAUAGGGAAUGGACAGAAUGGGCUUAUUUGUUAAAGAGGCUCGCCACCAAGCGAAGAAUCCCCGCCCGUGUGCUCUACGAUAAUCAAAUCAAACAGUUUGUCACAACACUAGAGAACUCAAUUGCCGUUAGACAGAACACCAGGGAUCAGCAGCCCAGGAUCCCCCGAGACGACCGCUAUAUGCUGCAACUUGUUAGUGCAGGCACACAAGUUGCGAAGAUCCUGAUGGAUUCGUUGUCUAUGGAGCAGCUUGAUGCUCUUUACAGGCAGACCGAGAGCAUGGUCCUUGAAAGAAGGACCCGGAUGAGGGGACUAGCCUUUUCAUGAGGCAACUCUUGAAUACUCAUGGUCUGUUCUGGACAUCGGCCAUACAGAAGCCGAUAAUUCACCAGGAAAAAGAUGUAUACGAAGCACAAGGAAGAGGUUUAUCGCCGCUCUUGAUGUUUCAAGCCGUAGAACGGGCGGCGUUCUCGGACUGAGUCUUCAACUGCUUUCCAUGUUGAGGGUAUCAACUUCUUUCAGCUUGAACUGACACAGUCCACCUCCUCGGAAAGCGACCUUGCUCAGCAUAAUCUCUCACAGCUAUUCCUAAUGGACCAACAGAAUAACCGACUGUUGCAUUUCACGGCCACUUCAACCGGGCGCAACCUAAUGGAGACCAAUGGUCAGUACCCGGGGGUGCAUUUCAGCCCGUAAUAUUGGCCAAUUGCGUCGCAAUUACCUAGGCAGGAUGCAUCUCACUUUCCACACC